AUGGCUACAAAGACCAACAAGGAUUUUCGUAAGGGCUGCAAGUGUAAGAAGUCCAAGUGCGUGAAGCUUUAUUGUGAUUGUUUUGCUGGUGAAUUUUAUUGUGGUGAAGAUUGCUCUUGCACAGAAUGCUUCAAUCGAGUUGAAUAUGAAGAUACAGUUGAGGUGGCACGUGAGAAAAUAAAAGUGAGAGAUCCACUCGCAUUUGACCCCAAGAUUCAUCCCGUUGUUCAGUCUACAAGAAGCCACAAUGAGGGUGGAAAUCAGGUGAUGCCAGUUGUAGGAAAACACAGAAAGGGUUGCACUUGUAAGAAUUCAAUGUGCUUCCAAUUGUACUAGUACAAUGUGUAUAAUAUUGCACCUCAAACCAUGAGAGCCAUCAAUGAGAAACCAAACGAUUGUGAAAACACGAAAUUGGAGUUCACUAGGUUGGAAUUUUCUCCUCCUGAAUCCCGUUAUCUUCAAAUCUCGACUCCUUUGACAAGGUUUCAAUAUCCAGACCAUGGAAAUGAUGCAUCAAGAACCGAAAGUUACAUUAAUCCAUCACCAAUAUCUGCAAUCAGUGGCGUGAUAGGAACAAGUACAAGGGAGUUUGAUAUUGGUCCUUUGAAUCAACAAUCAUAUCCAUACGUGGAUCAAAGCAUGGAUAAUCAGCUUACACCUGGAGAGAUCAAUGAAAUGUUGGACUGGAACCCUAACGAGACCCUUAUAUAUACUACUGUCAACAACAUGACUCAAUAUACCAAGUGA